AUGCUAGACGGAGAACUGUCUAAAAUCUUCAACAUUGAACAGAGGGUCCCACAAGGUUGCACUUUGUCCUCAACAUUGUUCCAGGUUUUCAUCAACGAUCUGUUGCACGUCGUAGAAGCAGUCGGGAAGAAAGCAGACAGGGGAAAUUCGGUGUCGGGAAUGCUGUUUUCGAUGCCUUUGUUGGGAUGUCUGACACCCCUGAGGGCCUGGAGGAAUCAGUGCAACAUAGGUGGAAGUGGGGGGGUCGAGGAGCUUGCAGUAGUGGACCAGUACACAUACCUUGGAGUAGAGAUCGCAAAAGACUGCUCGUGGAAUGCACACAUGUCCAAGCGUACUCGUACCGAGUACGCCGGAGAAGUAUGGGAAGGAAAUAAGGAGGUAGUCAAGGAGCUCGAGACGGCGCAGAUGAAAGCAGCGAAAGUCAUCCUAGGAUGCUCCAAGUGCACAAGUGAUGUAGCCGUCAGGGCAGAACUGGGGAUCCGAUCCCUACGAUCGGGAAGAGACGCAAGGAGGCUGACAUGGCAGCACCGCAUGUGCGGUAGGGAGAGGAGAGGUUGCCGAGAAUAG